AUGACAGAUAAUAAUAAAGUGAUUGUUAUAACAGGAGCAUCAUCUGGUAUUGGUGAAUCACUUGCAAAGUCAUAUGCAAAGAGAAAAGAUACAUCUUUAGUGUUGGCAUCUCGUGACAUUGUAAAAUUAGCUAGAGUUCAAAAAGAUUGUAUACAACUUGGUUGCAAUCAAUGUAUAAUCAUUAAAUAUGAUGCUUCAAAUCAAUUAGAUUGUGAAUCAUUGAUAAAACAAACAUUGUUAAAAUUGAAAAAGAUUGAUCUGCUAAUAUUGAAUGCAGGUGUUUCCUAUCAUAAUCUAUUCAGACAAUCAAAGGAUCUAUCGGUCUAUCGUCAGAUGAUGGAUAUCAAUUUCUUUGGCUACAUGUACACCACCUAUUAUGCACUGGAUCAAAUGGUUGGACAGUACGAAAAGACCGGCGUUAAAGCACAGAUCGCCGUCGUCUCUUCGGUAUCCGGUGAGCUAGGUCUUCCACUACGCGCUGGUUAUUGUGCAUCGAAAUUCGCAGUCAACGGUUUCUUUGAGUCGUUGCGCAUGGAGGUACCACAGAUCGAUUUCACAGUGCUGAUGCCCACCUCUGUAAAUACACCGAUGCGUCAACACUCACUAGGUCAUAGCAACAACAGCUGCAACAACAACGAUAGUUCAACCAACAAGAUACAAUUCAAUGAAGAUGAAAGUAAACGUAUGUCUCUUGAGGAUUGUUGUUUCGUUAUUGUUAGAUCGAUCGAUGCCAAACGCAAGAAAGUGGUGUUUCCCUUCAGUAACUAUCUAGCCACCGUUAUCAAACCGAUCUUUCCAAACUUUAUAGAACGAAUGGCAAUGAAGAAAGCUGGUGGUUCUAUUGUACCUCAAUCAAAGCUAUAA